CUGCGCAAUGAAGUGGGCUGGCCUUACUUGUCAAAACAGUUUUGGCAAAACUUUCUUUACAACCUGUAUCUAACUGAGUUUGUUUUUAAAUUUUCUAGGCCAAUUCUGUAUCAAUCAGUGACAUUAAUUAAUUUUAAACCAUCUUGAAUGAGUUUCACAAAUGCAUGAUCACAUUAUUUUCUUUUGGUUGCUAGUUUCAGCGUCAUUUCUGUUCCUCAUUUUAGUUUAUCUGAUACAUCAACAAUUCAUCGGAGUUUUGGCCCCUUCUGAUAAUUACAACAUUUUACAGUGAGAUAAGUAAACUACUGGUUCUGAUCAUCUACUGGUCAGUGUGAAAUAGAAAGAUAGAUAAAAAAACAGAUAGAAAGCUGGAAUGACUCGACACGCAAGAAACAAUACAGCAUCUGCUUGUUAUACUUAUCAUGAAAGACAAAGGGAUACACAGAACAGUGGCUAUGGAACAAUCAAGGAACGAUUAGCUAAAGAUUCUGUUGGUGACUUUGAUGCUUGCUGUCUGACCCUUCAGCCAUGUCGUUAUCCAGUUGUUACACCUGAAGGCUUCCUAUUUGACAAAGAAGCGGUUUUAGAAUAUAUAAUUCACAAAAAAGCUGAAAUUGCAAGGAAAUUGAAACAAUAUGAAAAAGAUAAGAAGAAACAUGAAAUGGAAAUGGCUGAACUUGCUGAAGCUGAGGAGCAAACCAAAGCAGAAAAAUUUUCAAACAUGGAGAGAGGAUUAAUCAAUCCUUCAACUCUAAACGGUAGUUCAACAUCGAAUGAUAUUUCUAAGCCUGGACCAUCAAGUGAAAAGUCAGUUUCUAAUAUGGCUAAAGGACUCGAGAAAAAAUUACCUAGCUUCUGGAUUCCAUCACUGACUCCUAAAGAUGAAAGUAAAGAUCCACUUAAGGCACCAGAUACAACGAUUAGAUGUCCAAUGAGUGGUAAACCAUUGAAGGCCAAAGAUCUUAUUCCAGUAAAUUUUACUCCAGUAGACCCAAGCUUAACUCGAGAGCAACUGAUCGCUAAGCAGGAAAGAUAUUUAUGUCCAGUGACGAGAGAUAUUUUGAACAACUCGGUUCCAUGUGCUGUCUUAAAAACAUCGGGUAAUGUUGUAACACUGGAUUGUAUUGAAAGAAUAAUACGGAAAGACAUGAUUGAUCCAACUAAUGGUAAACCACUCAAAGAAAAGGACAUAAUAAUUCUCCAGAGAGGCGGAACUGGCUUCGCAAGCACGAAUAAACUCGAAUCAAAAAUAAAAAAACCUGUUAUGCAAGUUUAAAAUAAUAUUUGACUGAUUUAUUUCACCAACCAUCAAAAGAUCAAAUUUUCAAAUUUCAUCAGGCCUUUAUAACCAACCAUGAUUUUAAGAUAUUUUGAGUGGCAAAUUGUGAGAAAUAAUUGUAAUCUUCAAAAUUGAGCUCACUGAGAAAAUUUAGUAUCCAAUGUGAAGAGCCAAAUUGUUAAUUUUAUAUCAUUUUAUUUAUUUGGUGUGUAAGAUAAUAUUUAUUUACGUGAUGGUUCACUAUUACUUUCUUCGAUUACUUUUGAUCUAAUUCAUGAGCUCUAAUAUUAUAACAUGAGUUCAAAAGAUAAAAAUGACGAUAAAGAACCGAAGAAUCGACGUCACACAAUCAAUUUACCGACUAAAACCAAGGAAGACGAACCCAACUCUAAGGAUAAAAAAGUUGAAAGAUCUGCAUCUGUUGAAGUAUAUUUUCCGACAUCUAAUGAAAACCAUCCAAAGCAAGCUCACAAAAUAUGGGACAUUUUAACAGUACCAGACGAAAAGGAGGAAGAUAAGAUUCUUGCAAAGAUUAAAAAAAUAACCCAGGAUAAGCUUCAAAAGGAUUUGGUCAAGAAAGCUUCGCAACAGAAUUUGAACAGCAUUGAAGCUGAAGCUGAUCCAUUGAACGAUUGCUUUGUUCUAGAUCUAAAUCAAAAUUUGCAUUUAAAUGAAAAUUCAGAGGAUAAUACAAAUUUUGCUGACGUCGAACAUAAAGCAGAUAAAGUUAAAGAAGACGAGCCUUUAAAACACAAGAUGGAAUCUAAAACAGCGAGUAUGAGGGCAAAAUUAUUGAAAGGCAAAGGAGGCAAAAGUCCCGACAGUAAAAAGCCAAAGUAACAUAUAUUUAUAACCUACUAUACAUAGCCAUUUAACUUUAUAUUUCACGAUUUUUAUUUUCACCCUUCCGCUGUGAUUGGAAUUGAAUUUUUACUAAGUUCGUAAUUAGUAAAAUUAAAUUAUUGACGUCCUAUACACAAUAUUA